UGUAGAACUGAGUGGUAGAUGUGUCGGGGCCACGUGCGUGCACCAUGUCGGGCAAGAGGAGCGGUGCUAGAGGCUUUAAAAGGCCCUUAAGUGUAAGGACCAAAACGAUCAAAGUUCGCAAAGGCCAGAGCAGUAGUGUGAACCCGAGUAAACGGAAAUUUCGUAACGAAGCGAAGAGCCAAGUGUUCGGAGCGUUCCCUCUCAAAGACCAAGGCGGUGGUAGACUGACAGCGGAGAAUCUUCAGCAGCACAAUGGUUGUGCCUACGAAAGCGAUGCAGGGGACAAGCUUGGCAUUGCUGAGACUGAAAGCAAUUACUCUGCUGAGUCUGACUGUAGUCUUGGCUCUGUUAUGACAAAGAACAGAUUACUACAAACGUGGGACCCAACUUCGGAACUGCACAAAGAGAUGUUGGCAAUGUACAAUGCAUCAACUGACAUCAUAAAGUCCAAGGGGGGUCAGCAGACUGACACAGAGUACUUUGCUGUCCUUAUGACAACAAUAGAAACUGUUGAUUCUGAUAUUUCGAGGACAUCAGCUGCUGCUCUUCUAUCGAUUUUCGCCAAGAGAGUGCCUGCUGCUGUUCUCAGGAUGAAGUUUUCUUGGAUUACAACAAUGUGCAUAAACUUCAUGCAGUUAUAUUCACAGCCCACACAUGUCGUCCUGCUUCGCAAUCUGCUGGGCUUGCUCACUUCCUGCUUGAAGUCAUUGGACCUGGCCACAUGGAGUCAGUCAUCUACUCUGCAAGUUUUCAGCUUCAUGUUUCCAUACAUCAUUCAUAUCAGGCCUAAGCUUCGAAAGCUUGCUCAGAAGCUGAUCUGCAGCAUCCUGAUGAGCAGCAGCAUCAUGUUGGCACCUGAUGCACCACCAACACAUCCUGUAGUACCUGCCCUCAGUUCCUUCUGCCUUCCAAUCAUAAAGUCAUCGGCAGCAACGUCCUUUCCAGUUUCAACGCUGCACAUCUUCGGCUUUUUCAAACUGGUGCUGCACCUGUUUCCUCAGGCAGAAGUCAAGACUGCAUGUGAAGCAGUGCUACAAGUCAUGGGGGCUGGCCACCCCACUGUUGUGCAAUGUGGCUUGGUCAUGUUGCAGUCUUUCUUUGCUUCAAGGCCACGUCCUGCUGUAACAUUAAGCCCACAGUUGAAUGCCCAGUUGGUUAAUGCACUGUACGACUACAAGCCUGGUGUGCAAGAUCCUAAGCUGUUGGAUGUGUGGCUUGUCACUGUACAAGAAGCAUUGGCAAACCUACAAAGUUCAUCUGAUGAACUAUUCCUAAGCAACCUUCCAAAGUUCGUGGGGGUUGCUAUUGAAAGCUGGCUCAGUGGAAGGUCUGAGACCUAUGGCACUGCCUCGACAGUGAUUAUGACAUUGCUUAAGCAGAGCUUUCAAGCCUGCCUGGACAAGGAGGUAAAGCAGAGUUCUACAAGUACGUUGUGCCACUCUACUGGUACCAAAGUUGUCGAGCAGAUGCAGCGAGCGCUGCAGUACCAGUUUGUGUUUGCACAGGAUCAGGUGCUUUUGACAUGGGCUACUUGCUUUGAGGUCCUCGGCAAGAAAUGUGGAAAGGACAUGCUUGAGCCAUUGCGCACUAUGGCAGAGUGGCGUGAAUCUCCGAAGCACUCAAACAAGGCUCUGGUAGACAGAACUAUAGCAGCUGCCAUCAAGGCCAUGGAUCCUGAGCUUGUUUUGCAAGCCAUACCACUGAAUAUGAGUGGAGAUAAGUGCCAGGACUUCCAAAGGAGUUGGAUCCUCCCACUUCUGCGGGACAAUCUACGGUCCACACGGAUAUCUUUAUUCACUAAUAACUUUCUCCCACUAGCUUGUGCUUUCCACGUGUUGGGGGAAGCUUCGGACAAGCCUGAAUCUCUUACCAAGGCUUACCAGAUAUUGGAAAAACAAAUUUGGUCACUUUUGCCCGGCAUCUGUACUAGUCCAGCAGACUGUAUCGAGUCCUUUCCCAAGAUUGCCAAAACACUUGGCAACAACUUGAGUAAUCGAUCGGAUCUGAGGCUUGACAUCAUGUCUGCUCUGCGGCGCCUCAUCAGCAGCAACAUCUUGAAUGAUGACGGUGAUCCAGAGAUGUCUAGGUAUGCAAAGAACUUUCUGCCGAUCUUGUUCAACAUCUACACAAGUGAGUCAUCAUCACAAUGUGAGGAAGGAAUCCGCCUAGCCGCUUUUGACACCAUCAAGGCAUUUGUUGAAAUUGCAGAUGGAAAGCUUUGUGAUACGCUUUUCUGCACUGCAUAUGAAAAAGCGACAGAUGAUACUUCUCACAGCAAACAUGCCAUAUUAGACCUGGCAAGAUCCUUAGUCUGCAAAAUUGGUCAUGAGAAUGUUGAACGUCUGUACAAGCUAGGCAAGGACAACAUAGAGAACUCUGACCAUCGAGUACAAAAAAAGGCAUACCGUGUCAUUGAAGAAAUUUGCCAUUGCCCAACUACUGUUUGUAAGGAAUUUAUUGAAAGUCAUGUCGGAGAACUUACUGAAUGUCUCCAGGAUAGCCUGCAGGGCAUAUGCAUGGGAUCAAGAGCGCCCCGCCUUCGUUGUUUGGUCCUUGUGCUUGCUAAGCUGAGUGUGGAGCACAAGUCUUUUGCGUGGAAAGCUCUUAAUGAGGCAGUGCUGUGCACAAAAGUGCCUGCUUCUAAGGUGCAGCAGGCAGCCUAUGAGGUUAUUGCAAGUGUGGGCAAGGCACUGAUCCGUUGGCAGCCAGAUGAUCCUGGAGAGGCUGUUACAGAGCUUGUGGUCCGGCUCACAAAAGGUUUAUUAGGUCGUACCUACCUACUGAGCUCCUGCAUCAUGGCCCUUUCAUUUGCCCUCUACGAGUUCAAAGAUGUCUGCCGCAGUGACAUGCUGAAUGCUGUUAUCAAAUCUGUAAUGAAUGUCUUGGAAUCGGGGAAGCGGGAGGUGGUGAAGGCAGCUCUUCAUUUCGUGCAGAUGCUAUUUUUCAUCCUCACUCCUGAACAUCUGAAAGAACAUUUAAGCGAGCUGAUCCCAAAGUUGGGCUCAAUGACUGAAGAUUGCCAGAAGCAUUUCCGAAGGAAGAUCAGAGAGAUCUUAGUCAAAUUGAUUCGAAAGUUUGGCUAUGACAGCAUCAUUGAACUGUUGCCAGAGUCCCACCGGAAGUUAGCAGUCAAUAUUCGUAAGGUUGAGAAUCGAAAGAAGCGAAAUAAAGAUAAGAAGAGCAGGGAGUACCAGGCAAAGGACAAACCUGAGGGCGAUGGGGCCAGCAGCUCGGGCAUCCUUCGUCGACCUGCCACUGAAGGGAUUGAGCAGAUCUGCUGGACAGCAGUGAAGAUGAAUCCGACAAUAGUGAUGAAGAUGUUCCAGCAAGUAGGAGAAGCAAGAAGGCUGCAUCUGUGGAUUGAAGAGCGAGGAGAAGAUGACAUUGUUGACUUCCUGGACAAAUCUGCUGGAAAGCAGAUACUGUCUACUGACCCGAAGGCACUGCCAAAAAAGAAAAAAAAAUGUCCGUUUGAAACGACGAAGGAUGGGCGACUUCUUAUACUGGACCUAGAAGCUGGAAAAGCUGAACAAGAUGAGCUAUCAAGUGAAGCAGAAGAGGCAGUGAAUGAUCUUUUGGAAAUAAUGACCGACCACAAGACGAAAAAACGUAAUGCACCUUCCAAUUCAGAUGGAGAAGGUACAUCAGGAGCAGGAGAAGGAGCAGCCAGCGGUGCUGGACCUUCCAAAAAGAAAAAAACUCGAAAGACAUCUGACGAGGAUCCAAGAAAGAGCAAGUUUGAGCCCUAUGCAUACCUGCCAUUGAACCGGAAGCAGUUAAACAAAAGGUCCAAGAAGACAUCUACAGCAUUCAAAGGAGUGCUCUGAGAAGUGCAGACAGGCGGAUGAAAAGGACAGAAGGCUAGAGCAAGCAGUGUCAAGAAAACAAAUUUUUUUUAAAUUUUAAUUUAUUUAGCAGUUUAUUUAUUGUACAAAAAGUUCAAUAAAAACUUGUGUGUUUCAA